AGAACCAGCUGUGUGUACUUUUUGCAUCCUCGCGCUCCCGUUGGCUACAUCCUUUGUCAAUAACAUAGCGCUCGUUUCAGGAAUGGUCGUUUCAUCCGUAACAGCUGUACAGUUUGUCAGUGCUGGUGUUUAGUGAUUUAAUACAUCAGAAACCGGGGAUUGGCGAAUUAAUCGAAACAUGUAUGGUUUUGUGAACCACGCACUGGAACUUCUGGUGUUGAGAAAUUAUGGUCCAGAUGUGUGGGAGGACAUUAAGAGAGAGGCUCAGGUUGAUGUAGAGGGACAGUUUCUGGUCAGAAUUAUCUAUGAAGAUGCCAAAACAUAUGACCUUGUUGCUGCUGCAAGCAAAGUUCUAAAAAUGGAUGCCGGUGGUAUCUUGCAAAUGUUUGGGAAAAUGUUUUUUGAGUUCUGUCAGGAAUCUGGGUACGACACCAUCCUGCGAGUGUUGGGCUCCAAUGUCCGUGAAUUCUUACAAAAUCUGGAUGCAUUACAUGACCAUCUGGGCACUAUCUAUCCUGGCAUGCGUGCACCCUCCUUCCGCUGCACGGAUGCAGAGAAGGGGAACAACCUUAUUCUCCACUAUUACUCUGAGAGAGAGGGUCUUCAGGACAUCGUCAUAGGGAUCAUCAAGACGGUUGCACAGCAGAUUCAUGGAACUGAGAUUGAGAUGAAGGUCAUUCAGCCAAAGAGCGAAGAAUGUGAUCACAUUAAGUUCCUGAUUGAGGAGAAGGACUCGGAGGAGGAGGCGUUUUAUGAAGACUUGGAUGGUUUUGAGGAGAAUGGGACUCAAGAGACACGAAUCAGUCCGUACACCUUCUGCAAGGCUUUCCCGUUUCACCUGAUGUUCGACAAGGACCUCAUGCUCACACAGUGUGGCAAUGCCAUCUUCAGAGUCCUGCCACAGCUGCAGCCUGGCAUCUGUAACCUGUCCUCAGUGUUCUCUCUGGUUCGGCCGCACAUAGACUUCAGUUUCCAUGGCAUCCUGUCUCACAUCAACACUGUCUUUGUGCUGCGGAGUAAGGAGGGCCUGCUAAAUGUAGAGACGGCGGAGAAUGAAGAUGAACUCACAGGAACAGAGAUCAGCUGCCUCAGAUUGAAGGGCCAAAUGAUCUCACUUCCUGAGACGGAGAACAUCCUAUUCCUAUGCUCGCCAAGUGUUAUGAAUCUGGAUGACCUGACGAGGAGAGGGCUUUACCUGAGUGACAUUCCUCUUCAUGAUGCCACCCGUGACCUUGUGUUACUUGGGGAGCAGUUUCGUGAGGAGUACAAGUUGACCCAGGAGCUGGAGAUCUUGACGGACCGUCUGCAGCACACACUCCGAGCCCUGGAAGAUGAGAAGAAGAAGACAGACAGGUUGCUGUAUUCUGUUCUGCCUCCGUCUGUAGCCAAUGAACUGCGACAUAAGCGGCCCGUGCCUGCUAAACGAUACGACAACGUGACCAUUCUUUUUAGCGGCAUUGUUGGCUUCAAUGCAUUCUGCAGCAAACAUGCAUCUGCAGAGGGAGCCAUUAAAAUCGUCAACCUUCUCAAUGACAUCUACACCAGAUUUGACAUUCUCACCGAUUCUCGAAAGAACCCUUAUGUGUAUAAGGUGGAGACCGUUGGUGAUAAAUACAUGACGGUGAGUGGUCUUCCAGAGCCCUGCACCCACCAUGCAAAAUCCAUCUGUCAUCUGGCCCUGGACAUGAUGGAGAUCGCAGGACAGGUCAAAGUGGAUGAGGAUCCUGUGCAGAUCACCAUUGGAAUCCACACUGGAGAGGUGGUCACAGGGGUCAUAGGUCAAAGAAUGCCACGUUACUGCCUGUUUGGAAACACUGUCAACCUAACAAGUCGUACAGAGACCACAGGAGAGAAAGGAAAGAUUAAUGUGUCUGAAUACACAUACAGGUGUUUGCAGUCUGUGGAAAAUGCUGAUCCUCAAUUUCAUUUGGAGUACAGAGGACCUGUAACCAUGAAAGGAAAGAAAGAGCCGAUGAAAGUGUGGUUUCUCUCACGCAAGACUUAAUAGACCCGCCGCAGUGAUGCAGUUUGUGUUGUGUUAUCAGCUACUGUGUUAAUUAUAAAUUCUAUGAAUAGGAAAAUGCUUUGCUUUCUUCAUCAAAUUUAGCGUAUUCUUCCUCUCUAAGGGCCCAAAUUAAGAAUGUUCUUCAGUGACCCCUGCAUUUCAAGUGCCAAUUAUCUCUGAUUCAAGGACAAUGAAAAGAAAGUGGGAAAAGGUUCUCACAGAGCUGAUGAUGAACAGAGCUCUUCAUAUUUUACACAGAAAUAUGGAAUAACUGUCCAUUUGAUAUUAAUGGUACUACCUUCAGUGCCAACUAUUGAAUUGAUUUCGGAAACGGAACUUCCAAAUAACAUAAAACUGGAACACGGUACAGAUUCACUAUGCAACAUGCAAGCCUGCUCAUCAAGCGUUUGUUUCAUUAUGUUUUAUUUAUAGUAGAGGAUGUGUUAGUGUUAUUGUAAAACACUACCAUGUCCAGAAAUAGUUUCAUUCAAGCUAUCUUUUGUCACUCUGUCUAAUUUAAAGGAUCAGUUCAUUCACAAAUGAAAAUUACUCCAUAAUUUAGUCACUCAAAGCUAAAUGUGGGUUUAAAUUUGGUUUUAAAUUCCAUCCUGGCUCUUCCAUUCUGUAUAAUGGUAUUGGAUAAUGGCCCUAAUUUUGAAGCUUCCAAAAGCUGCUCUGGGGUGCGUUUUCCAAACAACCACAUACAGUAACUCGCGGCUGUACUAUUAUAGUAUGAUGCAUCAUUUGGGAAAAGAAGGUAAGUGACGAGUAGUGAUGUAGUGAUGAGUGUUUUCCAAAACCCGUAGUUUCUUUGUCGAAGAUCCAUUGUUUAAAUCCCGUUAGUUAUAACGUAAAACGCCCAUAAUGAUGCUCUAAACAGAGUGGUAACAGGCAAUAUUAGUUUUGGUAAAAACAUGCACUCGCUUUCCAUAUUAAUUGAAAUAUAUGUAAAUGAACAUAUAGGACCUAUGUUUCCUUUACAAAUAUUAUUGAGAAUAUUCCAAAGUCUACUCUAAAAGAUAAAAUCACCUACAAAAGCUAACAUGUAUUCUAAUAUCAUAUAUAAAUCAUAUAAAUAAAUGAACAAAUAAUGAGGCUAUUUAUCAAUAAAUGAAAUUUAAUAUUUAUUAGGAAAGGAAAAAAUCCUACUUUAAUAAUAAUAUUAAGGGUGAUGAUGAUUAUUAUUAUUAUUAAGUAGCUAGGAUAUUGUUGAUUUUAUUAUUAUUAUUUUUUGAAAAGUCUACUUUUACAAUUUGGCACAUGUAAACCACUGCAGAAAUGUUCUAAACGACAGGCUCAUGUCAUAUACAGUACAGAUACUUAAUAAAUAACCUAUUAUAAAUUUAAACGUUUAACGUAUGCUAUGCUUUUUGUUUUUACAAGCUUUGGAGACAUUACGUAAAUUCCACUUUUAAAUAAUAGGUCAUGUAUAGCUUACGUCAUGAGCCACGGCUGUGUUCAAAAUGACAUAAAUGUUUUCAAAGUGCACUGCGAAGGGAGCGCAAUUGUAAACAUGAAGAUCACUAAAACUAAACUAAAAAUACUUUGGAAGCAAAUUACACUUAAGAGUGAUGACUUUAGUGGUUUUUUUUUAAAUCAUUCCAAGUUUAAAUUUUAGAAUGUUCUAAAUGAAUAGGGCAUAGGGGGGAUAACUGUCACAUAACUGACACAGCCAGGAACUAUGUUUCUAACUACAGCUCCAGAGGUGUUGUUGCAAGAAUAGAAGUUUGCGACGCAGUUUGUGAAUGUUCGUUGGAACGACGGAUUUGGGAAAUGCCAAAUAAACAAACUAUGUUUGUAAUGACACAACUUGCUAACUUAGUUGGCUAACAGUGGUUUUCGGAAAUGCACCCCUGACUGUCGACAAAAAAAAGUCAUAUGCUGUAUACUAAAGUUUGCUUGGGGGUGAGUAAAUUACAGUAUGCUUUUCAUUUUAGAGUGACCUGUUCCUUUAAAUUAUGUAUGACUUUUGUGUUGAUAUUUAAGAUUGAGUAUUAAGAGUAUUUUUUGUUUAGUAUUUAGAAUCACAGCACAUUUCGCUAAUGUAUUACUGUAUUAUAUUGGAAAUACUCAAGUUUAACUAACAUUAAAUUCACCAGAAUGAAUUUGUACACAUUUCCGAGAAUAAUGUGCAUGUUGUCGAUAGCAAAAUGCUUACACAUUGGAUUCAUAUUUACACUCUUGUCAGAAAAUUUGCCAAACAUGUACAUAUAAACAUUUUAUGGUUGCAAUAUAGUAUGUACCUACACUACUGUUUUUGUGAUUUAAUGAGUAAUUAUUGAGUGAAUUAAUAUAUUCUGAUCAAGUUUCUAACCACACAUUUACUAUUUAAAAGUGAGUAUAUUUCAUUGGUGUGAGAGUUUGUAUACAUUAAAUCUCACAGAUAGAGCUCUUUAUAGUAAACCCCAUGUUUCACCAUGCUUUUUAUGUACACUUUUAAUUCCAGCAUAAAUUGAAA